CCGGAAGCAGCUGGAGACACCCACGUGGGUGGUGCCGCUCAGGAAGAGCGCUUCGGCCUGUCAAUGGGGAGAAGGUUGAUUGAUUGAUUGGCAGGGAGAGUCAUCGAUUGGUGCAGCCAGCUGGGGUCUUUCCUUGUCUUUUGCUCCCCAGGAGCUGCUUCUGCUAAAGAUGCUGCCCUUCCGUGGCCUCGUGUUGGGGACCCGGUUCCUCUGUCCCAAAUUUCUGGGUUGGACCUCGCUCCCAGCAUCCCAGGCUUGGAUUUCCACAUGCGGACUGGAGUCUGGAGCAAGUGUGGAAGGAGACGCUGGAGGCAAGGGAAGCUUGGAAGCCUUUCAGGCUAAGUUGGCAACUGGACCGUCUUUGCAGCAGUUCCUCCAAGGGGCUGCUCCUCCUGUGCAGGGAGCCCACCACUUGCCCACUGGAGCAGAGGAGACCUCAGCAUCUUAUCUUGAUCCCAACACCUUUACAGGAUCACCUGGGAAAGUGUAUUUGGAGACCUAUGGCUGCCAGAUGAAUGUCAACGACACAGAGAUUGCCUGGUCCAUUCUCCAGAGAAGCGGCUACCAGAGGACCACCAGACUGGAAGAGGCCGAUGUGAUUCUGCUUGUGACAUGCUCCAUCAGGGAGAAGGCUGAGCAGACGAUCUGGAACCGCCUGAAGCAUCUCAAGACUCUGAAGCUGAAGCGGCCUGCCUCGCAAGGAGCGCUCCGGAUUGGGAUUUUGGGCUGCAUGGCUGAGAGGCUCAAGGAGAAGAUCCUGGACCGGGAGCGUUUGGUGGACGUUGUGGCCGGUCCGGACUCCUACCGGGACCUUCCCCGCCUCCUGACUGUGGCCGAAUCUGGCCAGCAAGCAGCCAACGUCCUGCUCUCUCUAGAGGAAACGUAUGCUGACAUCCUGCCCGUCCAGACCAACCCCAGCUCCACCUCGGCCUUCGUGUCCAUCAUGCGCGGCUGUGACAACAUGUGCACCUAUUGCAUUGUGCCAUUCACCCGCGGGCGCGAGCGGAGCAGGCCCAUCGUCUCCAUCCUCCAAGAAGUACAGAUGCUCUCAGAUCAGGGCGUGAAGGAAGUGACUCUUUUGGGCCAGAACGUCAACAGCUACCGGGACGUCUCUGAGGUCCAGUUUCUCUCGUCGGCCCCGAGUCACUUAAGCCGCGGCUUCAGCACUGUCUACAGGCCCAAGCAGGGUGGACUGAGGUUUGCAGAGCUCUUGGACCGAGUCUCGGUAAUCGACCCAGAGAUGAGGAUCCGUUUCACCUCCCCGCACCCCAAGGACUUCCCUGACGAGGUCUUCCAGCUGAUGAAGGAAAGGCACAACAUCUGCAAACAGCUGCACCUCCCGGUCCAGAGCGGCAGCUCACGCAUCUUGGAGGCCAUGAGGAGAGGAUACACACGGGAAGCUUACCUGGAGCUCGUCCACCAUGUCCGGGACUCUUUACCGGGAGUGACCCUUGGCAGCGACAUCAUUGCUGGUUUCUGUGGGGAGACGGAGGCCGACCAUCAGCAGACGGUGUCCCUCGUCCAGGAAGUCGGCUACAGGACAGCCUUCAUCUUUGCGUACAGUGAGCGACAGAAAACCCGGGCCUUUCACCGGCUGAAGGACGAUGUGCCUCUGGACGUGAAACGCCGCCGGGUCAAGGAGCUCACGGAUGUCUUCCGGGAAGGGGCUUCCAAGGCCAACGCAGCCGCUGUGGGUCAGAUGCAAGUUGUCUUGGUGGAAGGGCCCAGCAAGCGCUCUGCUUUGGAGCUGAGUGGCAGGAACGACGGCAACAUCAAGGUGAUCUUCCCGGAUGUGAAGAUGGAUGACGGCACCGGCUCGGGAUCAACAGUCCAUGCCCAGCCGGGAGAUUAUGUACUCGUGAAGAUCUCCUCCGCCAACUCUCAGACGCUGAAAGGCAUCCCAAUGCGACGAACUACGCUCAGAGAAUCUACGGCAUUUUGCUGACGACAUCCUUGGAGCAGCAAGACCCGAUGGCCAGGUUGCUUUUCCCCAUUUCCAAGGAGGAGCACAAAGGACUCUUGGUAAUAAAUACACUUGGAUUUUGCUGGGUCCCUGAACCAGAAUCUGGUCCAGCCCCGAAUAUUUGAGCUAAAUGAAGACUGAUUGCUUUCUUCCUUGUAAUAUUUAAUAUGAAUAAAUCAGUGUUUAUUGCACACAA